CUGCUGCACAAGUCCCAUCCUGCUUGUUUCCUCCGCUUCCCUGGAGUUUAAAACUUCUUUGAAAACGCCCCCAACCCCGGGCCCUGCUGGUCUCAGGCUCCCUGCUCCGGUGCAGAAGAAAGCACAAGAGAGCCCGCGGAGGGCACCGCCGGCAGCACUGGGGGGUCCGCCCUGCAGGCCCGCGCCCCGCCGAGGCUGGAGCCCCUGGUUGGCGCCGCAGCUGGCCCCAGAUGAGGACACAGACCCAGAGAAAAGUCAUGAAGUAUGUUGAGAGCCAGGAUCUCCUAAACCAGUCCAGACUCUGAGGUCUCCAGAAUGAAAAGUUCUCAUGAACUCCAGGCACACUGCCUCGCUCGGCACUGACCAAAGCCUCCUUCCUCCACCCCACCCCACAUCACGGAGUCAAACCCAAGACCCUUAUCUCCCAGGACACCCCCUCCAGCUGUGAUGCCCAUGGGCUAGAGACCUGGAGGACAACAGCCCCCAAAUAGUCCUAGGUCCGUCAGCGCUCUAGCACUGCCCGGAACCCCACAUUCCCCGGUGCCACAGGGCCGUCCUUAAUCCCGGCUUCAAGGGAAGCUUGUGGGAGUAACAAGAACCCAAGUGCCUGAGGCAGACAGAUCUGAGCCUGAAUCUCAGCUCUGCCCCACCGCUUAUAUGUGCCCCUGGCAAGCCCCUCAGCUCCAGGGAGCCUCCACCUUGUCUGUGCACACUGGGGACAUGUCAGCUCCAUGCAGGACCAUGACGAUGGGCAAUGAGGGAUAGAAAGCACCUGACACCCAGUGGGAGCUUAGUGAGCAGUGGCCACCACGUCCCCUAGGCCCCAGGGCUCCCCAAGUCUCCUUUCUCACUAGCCUGGCCAUACAGGACCCCCCGCCCCCGCUUCCUUUCAGUUUUCAGAGGCCAACAUUUAUCGGUCCACUAUUCCACAGGAAGCACCAGGCUGGCCACUGGAGGGGAUAAAAUGGCAAGACAGUGCCCUGCCUUCAGAUGCCCACCAGCCUGUACUCCCUCCUAGUCCCUCAGGAACCGUCGAUCCCGGUCCCCCCGCCCCUCCACUGACAAGCCACCAUGGCAGCCCUGAUUGCAGAGAACUUCCGCUUCCUAUCGCUCUUCUUCAAGAGCAAGGACGUGAUGAUUUUUAAUGGGCUGGUGGCACUGGGCACAGUGGGCAGUCAGGAGCUGUUCUCCGUGGUGGCUUUCCACUGCCCUUGCUCGCCUGCCCGGAACUACCUGUAUGGGCUGACAGCCAUCGGUGUGCCUGCCCUGGCACUCUUCCUCAUCGGGGUCAUCCUCAACACCCACACCUGGAACCUGGUUGCCGAGUGCCAGUACCGGAGGACCAAGAACUGCUCGGCUGCCCCCAACUUCCUCCUCCUCAGCUCCAUCCUGGGCCGUGCGGCCGUGGCCCCCGUCACCUGGUCUGUCAUCUCCCUGCUGCGCGGUGAGGCCUACGUCUGUGCUCUCAGUGAGUUUGUGGACCCCUCCUCCCUCACAGCCGGGGAGAAGGGCUUCCCACCAGCCCAUGCCACAGAAAUCCUGGCCAGGUUCCCUUGCGGGGAGGGCCCUGCCAACAUGUCGGGCUUCCGGGAGGAGGUCACCCGCAGGCUCAAGUAUGAGUCCCAGCUCUUUGGGUGGCUGCUCAUCGGCGUGGUGGCCAUCCUGGUGUUCCUGACCAAGUGCCUCAAGCAUUACUGCUCGCCACUCAGCUUCCGCCAGCAGGCCUACUGGGUGCAGUACCGCACCAACGAGGACCGGCUCUUCCAGCGCACGGCCGAGGCGCACUCGCGGGCGCUGGCUGCUCACAACGUGCGCCGCUUCUUUGGCUUUGUGGCGCUCGACAAGGAUGACGAGGAGGUGAUUGCCAGGUUCCCAGUAGAGGGCACACAGCCUCGGCCACAGUGGAAUGCCAUCACGGGCGUCUACUUGUACCGCGAGAACCAGGGCCUCCCGCUCUACAGCCGCCUGCACAAGUGGGCCCAGGGUCUGGCGGGCAACGGAACAGUGCCCGACACUGUGGAGAUGGCCCCGCUCACCUCCUAGGGGUCCUGUUCCCACACUCUCUGCAAGUGACGGUACUUGGUCUCAAACUGAACUCCACUGCCUGCUCACAUCAGAAGCGGAUGAUUUUUUUCACUUUUUGGGGAAACAGGCCGGGAGCACAAAGGAGCCUGGGGCAUGGAGAGAGCUAGGAGACAAUGGGGUCCACUCCGACAGGAAGGCUCUCAGAUCUGAAGAAAUCCCCUCUCCCGCUGCCACCAACCACUCCGUCAACAGCUUUGGAGAGAAGACCCUUUCGCAGACCUGGUCCUUCAUUAACUAUGAUGUGGACAACCUUUACUGGUGCGACUCCAAGGCUGGGAAGCCCUGGCCAGCAGAGCCAGGUGACAGUGAAACUCACCAGCA